AUGUCCGCUGAAACAACUACCAACGCCCCUUCCUCUUCCACCCCCGAUACCGACAAUGAAUGUCCCAUCUGCCAGGAGACAUUCAAAGACCCCAUCACAACCGACCCUUGCAAACACACCUAUUGCAAGCGAUGCCUCAGGCAAUGGCUGGAAGUUACGGUAAACGGACGAAUUCGCACUUGCCCUCUCUGCCGCGGCUCCGUCGAAGGCUUCAAGGAAGGCGCGAAACACUAUCGCGCUUCCAAUUACACCAAGGAAAGCCUCGAAUACCUAGCGGAGCAACAUCACGUGAUGACCGAGCGAAUUCAGAGAACCAUUGACCACCACCGCGAGAUCCUAUUGGCCAGAGCUGCCGAACGAGCCGCAGCUUCGGGAGUCGUGGUAGAGCCGAUGGAUACAGAUGAAGACGAGGAUACGGAUACGGAUAUGGAUGAGGAUGACAGCACCACCGACGAGGAAAGUGAGGAAUCCGACGAGAGCGAGGACGAAAGCGAGAGCGAGAGUGAGAGCGAUGAGGAAUAG